AUGCGGGCGAUCGCGCCCGCGCGCGCGCGCGAUCGCACGGAUGAAUUUUGUGCCAUCGCCGCGCGCGCGCGCACCGCGCUCGAUCCGGCGAACGGGCGCGGACGCGCGCGAGAGGGGAAUCACGACGCGCGCGCGUUCGCGCAGAUGGCGUCGGCGAUCGGACGCGGGAUACAUCGAACGUCGCUCGAACUCGAGCGCUUGAACGCGCUGGCCAAGGCGAGCUCGUUGAUGGAUGACAAGGCGCGAGAGAUCGCGGAGGCGUCGGCGGUGAUCAAGAUGGAGAUACAGCGCCUGAAUGAAUCGCUCGUUGAACUGCAAAACGUGCGGGCGCGAGGGGGGGCGCGGGGGGAGGGGAGUAAGACGGCGAGCGAUCACGACGGCGCCGUCGUGGACACGUUGAAGAAUCGCUUGGCGACGGCGACGAAGACGUUCAAGGAGACGCUCACGAAUAGACAGGCGAGCAUCAAGGCGGGAGAAGAGCGGAGAGCGAUGUUUGGCGCGUCCGCGGGACCGAGCGCGGUGAAUGCGGGAUUGGAUUAUCUGGGAGACGACGCGUUCGCGCGCGCGAUGCGCGCCGGAAUCGGCGGAGGCGCCGGAUUCGGUAAUUUACAGGGAUCCGGCGCCGCCGCGGCGAAUGCGUUCGUUCCGCGACCGGAUGCUCCCGGUCAGGGCGUUUCUACGCCGUACGCGAUGCAAACGCAGGAUCAAAUGCAGCUGUAUAAUCAAAACGCGGCGUACGCAGACUCGAGGCAGGAGGCGCUGCAAAACGUCGAGCGCACCAUCACCGAGCUCGGCGGAAUCUUCCAGCAGCUCGCCACCAUGGUGAGCGAGCAGGGUGAACUCGCCAUUCGCAUCGAUGAAAACGUGGACGACACGCUCGCGAACGUCGACAGCGCCCAGGCCCAGCUCCUCAAGUACCUCAACUCCAUCUCCAGCAACCGCUGGCUCAUCAUGAAGAUCUUCGCCGUGCUCAUCUCAUUCUUCACCUUCUUCAUAGUCUUCAUCGCUUAG